AUGGCUCAAACAUAUGGACAACAAGGACAACAGACUCAAUCACAAGAAUACACACUACCAGGAGUGUUGCACUUCUUACAGUCAGAAUGGAGAAGAUACGAGAGGGAUAGGAACGAAUGGGAGAUAGAACGCGCUGAAAUGAAGGCUCGUAUUGCGCUAUUAGAAGGUGAACGCCGUGGAAUUGAGAAUAUGAAAACAGAUUUAAUGAGAAGAGUUAAAAUGCUCGAAUAUGCGAGUAAAUAUGUGGCUGAAAAAUCACACUCAAAUAACACGGUUUCUCCACCUGGAAUCGCGACAACUGAAGUCACAUCGUCCACCAACGUGAAUGGAAUACCAAUAACGGGACUGAAACAAACUUCUAGACCCGUUUCUGCACAGUAUACGAAUAUACAGCUAACUCGUGACCAGAAGACUCGAGCAAAGAGUCAACAGUUGCUUAAAAACUGCUUGCAAGAAAUAGAAUAUCUUACGAACGUAGCAACAACCGGCAUUUCACCUAUUCCUAAUCGUAGCGACACUGUUAACUUAAAUGAUUCAGCUCAGGCAUUCUCCCAGCAAGCCAACCGCUCUAGCACCAUAUACUUGGGCCCCGACCCACAUGGAACAUUAUCUCAUAACCGUAAUGAUUCUCGGGAACAAAUACGUCCCUCUCGACCAGCUCCUUCUGCACCAUCAACGAUAGUACCUCCAAAAUCGUCUAGUCCACCACUUGAGCAAGUAUCAACGUCUCGAAAACAUGUUAAUGAAUAUGAGGACAAUUGGUUUAAUGCUACUGAAGACAGGAAGGGUAAAAAUAAAGCCGAGACUGCCAAAAGCAAUGACGAGGACGAGGACGAUUAUAAUGAAGAACAAUCUACACCGAUAAGUAGUUCACCCUUCUCUCCCAGUAUUGAUGAAACUUCAGAUACAGUUUCUACCAUUCGUGGGAAUAAAGAUGGUAGCAAUAGAGUUGGAAAGAAAGAGGGAGGUUAUCUGGAAAGAGGUGCAGACAAUGAAGAGAUUGUUACUAUGUACGCACAAAAGUCAUUUAAUAGAUGGAGAGAGGCGUUUGGCAAUAAAAUAAGUGCUACUAAGAAACCAUCUAGGAAGAGUGCAGAAGAAGAGAAAAUGGAAGAAGAGCAAUUGAAAAAAGACGUGCAAGCAAAAUUUAAUUUAUCAAACGAGAAAUUGGAUAAAGUUAUAAGAACGACGAGGAGAAUGAAUAGUCAUGACUUCAUUGAACAGACGUCUGACCCUCAGUUGGGUGAAUUAUCCAAUGCCUGGCAAGACGUUGACGACGAGCAAGGCAAUCAAGCAGAGACUGAUCAAGAGCACGUAAACGGGGUAGACAAUAAAUUAUGGAAAACGAGAGCUACACUACGCAGUCACCUCGACAGUGUACGGUCAUUGUCAUGGCACCGCUAUGAACCGUUAUUUGUUUCCGGAUCAGAUGAUGGGACUGUCAAAUUGUGGGAUUUGAAUGAAACGCUGUCACCAAAACAAUAUGACAUAAAACCAAUACUAACGUAUCGUGGUCAUACAUUACCGGUAACAUCUGUGGUGCUGUCUACCGAACAAUCGACCUGUUACUCAGCCAGUAUGGAUGCUACAAUACGUGUAUGGAAAAUACCAGCUACUAGGGAACUCUAUGCACCAGUUGAUCCAUCACUAAACUUGACUGCAUACAUUGGCCAUACGGACGUAAUCUGGGAUUUACGACUGUUCCCAAUACACGACCAAAAUUCUCAGUUACUUGCAUCGGCUGCUGCUGAUGGUACCGUCAAGAUAUGGGAUACUGAAGAAGUAGGAUCUCCAUUAAAGAGUACUUGGAACUAUUACGGUAUUGGACAUGCUGACGGACUUAAUGGUGGAGGCCGUCCUCCGGUGCCAACGUCUAUAGAUUUUGUGCAUACAGAUCUGAAAAAGAUUGCCGUGUCAUUUCAAAAUUCAAUAAUCAAAAUCUUUGAUAUUGAGACUGGACAACCAGUGGUGACGUUUAAGAGUGAUAAAACAUAUGACGGUACAGCUAGUACGCAGAUUAAUCGUAUAAUCUGUCACCCAACCAUGCCUCAAGUGUUCUCCGCACAUGAAGAUAAAUACAUAAGAGGAUUUGACAUAAAUAGCGGUGACACCAUAUUCUCAAUGUCAGCGCAUUUGGACUCGGUCACAUCUCUAGACAUUGAUCCGUCAGGGAUGAUAUUAAUAUCAGGAGGCCAUGAUGCAUCAAUACGUCUAUGGGAUAUUCUUUCAGGACAAACGUGCGUUCAGGAAUUUAUGUCUCAUCGUCGUAAAUCAGACGAAGGUGUACUGUGUCUGCAAUACCAUCCAACACUUCCAUGGCUUGCAAGUGGUGGGGCGGACUCUGUAGUUAAAAUAUACAAUUAA